AUAAUUGAGGUGCCCUUUGACAGUCAAAUGAAGCGGACCCAAUCUCGGCCACUUGUACGCGGCCUAAUAACGCCUGAGUACGCCGCACUGUUUGCCGUUGCCUCUGGACUGUCUGGUGUGGUCCUGCUCUACAAUGCCCUGAAUCCUUUGGUCGCGGGACUGGCGCUCACCAACCUCAUCCUCUAUACCUCUGUAUAUACACCCCUGAAACGCAUUACCCACGUAAACACAUGGGUUGGCUCCCUGGUGGGCGCUAUUCCACCCCUAAUGGGAUGGGCUGCAGCAACGGGACAUCUCGAGUGGGGUAACUGA